AUGGAUUCUGAGAGAGAAAGUCCAUUGGGAGUUGUAGUUGAGCCAAGAGAUGAUCAUCAAGGUGGUAAGUCAAACUGGCAAACAUUCCACUAGAUUCCUACAAUGCUAACUGAUAUCAGCCCAUCCGGCAGAAUACGGAUCCAUCCAUGUCAACAAAUUGCCAAUGCUCACGAUGUACACUACAAAGGCAGCUAGGUACUACAAACGCAAACACAAUUGGAUUGGGAACUGUAAAUCCUUAUUAUACAAGUACACUAGCUCCUCCACCACCUCCCCCUCCUCCGGGUAUCCCUCCCCCAGUUCCUCAGCCUCCACCAGCACCUGCACCUCUGGGACCUGGAUUCGCUUAUUACACUCCCAAUCCAUUUCCCCAUGCCCAAAUCAAAUGGACUCCUACACAAGCCUCUCGUUUCAUUUCAAAAAAGCAUAAAGGAAGCUCGGAAUCAACAAAGUUUAAGCACAUAUCAUUCCCCAACUUUGACAAGUUACCUCCUGAAUUAAGAGUACGGAUAUGGAUUCUUUCUGCUCCAGACUCGCGAGUGAUAGAACUCAGAACGUGGAAAGCAUCUCAUACCCAUUCGCCCCUCAAGAUAAGUGCAGGACCCCACUCUGUCCCCUCCAUCCUACACACCACGCGAGAAUCCCGUCUCGAAGGCCUUCGAAUAUACCAUCUCGAAGAAAUUGGUAUCUCACUCUGGAAAGACUAUGAUUCAUCCGAGCUGUACAUUCCUUGGCGGUACCACCCCGAAAACCCAUACGCAGACCUAGACUACAAAGUCCGUCCCCAACCCACCAUCUGUGACGAGCCCUUCGAAUCAGAAAAGGUAACACCCUACGCCCCGCAACGAAUCUAUCUCUCCUACAACCGAGACACCAUCUACCUCGGUCCCGAAUUCUCACAAGCUCAUCUUCAAGAUUUUCUCUCCUCUCCCUCUCCUUUUCUCGAGCUCCCAGGUCUACAAUAUCUAGCUCUCGAUCGCAAACUCUGGUUACGAGAACGGGAUGGGACCUGGGAGGGCUUAAGGAAUGCUCUUUAUUCACUGAGGAAUAGACCCAUGAAGGAGGUCUGUAUUGUUCCUGAUGAUGACCGUGGAGCACUGGAGGAUCGGUGGUAUUAUGGGAAACAUGCCUUGGUGUUUCGAGAGCCGCUUGUGAGUUAUGAGUUUAUUCCUGCAGGGCAUACGGAGCCUGCGAAGGGGGUGACGGAUAAUUUGAACGAGUGGUUUAGCAGGUUGUGGGUGGGCUUGUCAAGAGAAGGAGGGAUGGGUGAGCAAUUUGGUGAGAACGAGGGUGCAGGCGGGGAAGUUAACGAGGGUGAAAGUUGGAACAUGAGAAAACUGGUUCCCAAAGUUGAAAUCAAGAGCGUGAGACGUGGUGGGAGGCAAAUGAGUGAUUACAAAGAUGGACUUUGGGAAGUGCAGAGGAACUUGGGAGAUAUGCGGAAAUGGAAAACUUGGAUUCCUGGGGUGGAUGUGUAA